CAUGACACAGGGGGCAUUUACCUCGUUCUGAGCAGCCAAUUAGCUGGCGACUUAUUUCAAUAAUAGCGAGAGGUACGAUGAAUGCGCCGUAGUAUUUCACGUGCGGUCACAUGGUAACUAGUGUUGAGCGAUGUUACAGGAGUAGAGUGUGACAUAAGGAUGGGUGCUGGCACAUAGCAACCUUACACAUCAAGGUAUUCUGACGUACAGAAGGAUGGUAAAGAAGAAAGACCUUCUGAAGAUAUUCUUCAUUUACAUUUGUCUGUGUCAUCCGUCCCCUGCUCAUCCCUGCGGUAACAACCCCCUGAGGAAUCUUAUGUUUAUUUCCGACCGCACAGGCCGAAGCAUUGAUUCUGUACUGGUACUUCUGAGGGAUUUCGACAUAUACGCCUAUGAACACUUUCAAUACUUGUUCAAUAACUACGCGGCGUGUAUAGGAAUGGUGGACACUGGUUACUUCAAACGGACAAGUUCCAGCGCUCACCACCCUAGCCAAUCUCACGACGACCCGCACUCACAGCUUACCGAUAUGCCUCUACACGACAUCGUCAACUUCAUUAACUCCCUCAGCAAUGAAAGCACCAAAAGCAAAGACAAGAAAUCAUCUCGACAAAAUUUACUGCGCCAGGUUUUAACUCAAGCAAGACAUUUAAUUCAUGAUGGGCAAGAAUUCAAUCAACAGGAAGUAUUUGGGAAUACAGCCACAGGGUGAUGUGAAGAUUUAAAAUACUUUCAUGACAAUAUGUCUGACUGGAGAGCUUCCAUUGUUUCUAAGAUAUAGGAACACAGACGACAUACAACAUAUAUUGUUAUCCUUAAAUUUACGCUCGGUGCUACAACAAUAUCUGUGAAUAUUGAUGGCAUCAAAAUAGGACGUGCUAUUUAGAAAUUGGAAUGAGAACUUCAUUUAUGAGAGUGAAGCUGAUGCAUCCGUGACGUCAAGGGAGACAAACCAAAUAAUAUUGUUAUGGCAAAUGCGCAUGCGUAUACAUCACGUGGUGUACAAUUUCACUCGUAAUCAUUUUCUUAUAAUAAAAAAGGAAAACAAAGGCGUGUUGUAUCCACUGUGAUUUGCGUCAUCAGAAUCGACUAAAGUAGUACUUAUUUACAGAAUGAAAAUGUUAAACGCCUUUUGAGAUGAAGAAUAUGAGAAGUAAAAUACAUGUGUGUUGAUA